AUGAUAUUGUCUUGUGCUGAAGCAGGUAGUCAUAUUUGCAACUCAUUAUGGUGUAUGCCGUCAUUGCUCAGUUGUGAUAUAACAAAAGUAUUCACAGAUGAUAAUAACAACAACAUUAAACACGCUUUGGUAGAGAGUGAUGUCGAAGAUGAAGACAAAAUUUCGAAUUUGAUGUGGUCACUCGGUCUUAAACCGAAACAAAGACAACAACAAUCAGUCACACUACAAACAACAUCACUCAUUCCAGUAACAGUACCCAUUUCUCCAUUCAGACAUCGUAAUAAAAAAAAAGCCUUGAAUGAAAAUGGAUUGAGGAAACGACUGCGAACUCAACCAGUUUUAGAAAAUAUUACGUUUAAAAACUGUGAAGUUGUUUUACACAGAUUAAAACGACAGUAUAUUGAAGAUAUAAUGAAAGCUCAACAGGAGCAGAAUAAAUCAAAAUCAAUAGAAAUUCAACAAAAAAUAACAUCAACAAUGAUGAUAGAAAACAAAUCUUGCUCAAGAAGAAAGAAAAAGAAUUUUCCAAAACGAGUACCAUCGCCUCCGAAUGAAAUCCAAUCACAAGUAUUACCUGUUAUAUCAUCUCAUUUACCUACAGCAUCUAAACGACGGGGAUGUGACGUAAGAGAAUUAACUAAUUUGAGUUCAGCAAAAAGUCAAAAAAUGAUCCGCACCGAACAAAAUGAUUGUAUUAUUGAAGAUACCAUGAAAGAUCGGCCGUCACAAUUAUCAAAAUUCGAUUAUAUCUUUAUAAAAUGUUUUGUUUGUGGUAUUAGAAACGUUCUUUCGUUUGAACGUUUAUUGCAUAAUUUCAAUAUACAUCGGUUACUGCAUAAUAGUUCAAAUUUGACACUACAUAUCUACGAUACAAUUAUUGAUAACACACAAUUUAGAAUGGUUGACUAUUUCAUACCUUCCAAACGACAUGAAAUGGAAGAUACACCACUGAACAUUUUUAUUAAUAAGGGUCAAAAACUAAACCAAAAUCAGAAACAGCAAACUCAAGAUAUAUCAGUCGUUAUUAUAAGCGACGAUGAAGAUGAUGAUAUUAUUUGUCUCGAUUAA